AUGUCAGCAGAUGCCAGUAGUGUCAAUACAUUGAUUAAUGAAUUCUCAUUGAAUAAUGAUUAUUUCGACCCAACAAUAUUGGUUCAAUCGAAAAUCGAGUAUAUAGAUGGAGGUAUUAUCAUUGAUAAUGUCUUGUCAGAGGAAGAGUGCCGUUUGAUCGUUGAGAAGAUGUUUCAUGAAGAGUCAGCACAGGCAGCUGCACUUCCAAAGACACCGGUGCUCUGGCGUGGCUGGUCAGACAACAGUGGCGAUGAAUAUAAGAAACUCGGUGUCAGAGUCAUCCGGACAUCCGAUCAACUGGCAUCGACGCUCACCGCACGUCUCUGGCAUUUCCUGCCACGCGAAAUGACAACGUUUUCGCCGUCUCUCCAGAAGCAACAACUUCACAGUCUCACCGGGUUGUCGCGUCGUCACAGAUUCAUCCGCUACGAUCAGGGUGCCAAUUUCCCGACCCACAUGGACGGACCCUACAUUCACAGUGACAGCGAGAAGAGUUUCCUCACCUGUCUGUUCUUCUUGAACAACCAAGCGUUAGAGUAUGACGGUGGUGAACUCUCAUUCGUAGAGACAGUCGACCAGAAUGAGCCACUGGGUGGCGGUGCAGCCAGCAACUACACCACGAAAACAAUUACCUCUGUCCAGCCCAAAACAGGAAGAGUCGUCAUUUUCCCACACAAAAUACUUCACACCAGUUCACCUAUCACAAGAGGUCAGAAAUUCCUCAUUAGAAAUGACAUUAUAAAUGAUUCUUUUAAUCAAAAAGAUAUGAAUAGAUCUUUAGAUAAUAAUAGUAUUCUUAACAAUAAUAGUAAUAUUGAACCUACUACUUCUACUACUAUUACUAUCUCUAGAUAUCAAAACACUUGCCUCAAUCAACACACACAAGCACAUCAUAACAUAACACAAUAUUCACCAAGUCAGUUUCAAUAUUGA